AUGGCAAAAAUUGACGACAAAACUCGUGAUGCUUGCAUCAAAUCCAAGAAUUUUCUUGAUUGGAUAGACUUAAUAAAAAUAAUUGCAACGGGCUACAAUUUCCGGAGCGCAACUGGUAAUGUAGCAGAUAGAUUGAGCGCAAAGUUUAGAGCCUACUUUGGCCCUAUUGCAACUACAACUGAAGACGUGGAGCGUGUUGUCAAGAGAGCUCGUCUUUGCCAGACGACUGAAAAGGAAGAAAAGAACGUGACUGUAUACGGUUUUGCAGGCGAUGGGGUUUCUGACGAAUGUACAAGAAACUAUGUUGAUUCGAGUUAUCAUCAGGAGCAGAAAGAGAAAAGAGACGAAAGGAUCCGGAAAGCAGCUCGUACUGGUGGUAUCAAAGAAUACAAGCCCAAUUUGGAGAGAGGUGCAGGUAUGUGCAUCAGCCAUACCAAUCAUGCCCUCAGCCUUGCACACGAUGUGGAAACACUGAAGGAGAUAAUUGGUGAGGAAGAGUAUGAAGAUCGUCUGAAGGGAGCUAUGGAUUCGCUGAAGAACACCGACGUGCAAGGGUCAACGAUCCGUUGUGAUGCUGUCAUGAACAUAGUAGAAGGAAACUUGGGAAAGACGUAUACGGGGUCACAUUGCCCAUCUGGCGAGGACAACAAAGGGGCGAUGUGGGACAAAGAUUUGGCGCGAAACCUUGUCAAAGUCGAAGACCAGCAAGAAUACGAUCGCAAAGGUGGAAAUCCAUCAUUCACCAAGGUCAAGAAGAUGAUAGAAACGUUUGAAAUUGAUCAAUGGAAGAACGCCAACCCAAGCAAGGAAACUGAUGCAAAGGUUGGGAAAUCAAUCAGACUGCUUUCUACUGGUGAUCGCAAGCUUGUCGCGAAAGCGGAAUAUCUUCAAUAG